AUGGUUGUAACUAUUAUUAAACAUAAACCUCGAAAUAAGAGAAAAGCUCUCUCGGCCUUGAAAGAUGAAAAUGGCGGUAAGAAAUCCAAAUUGUCUGAAUAUUCCAGUAAGGAAGCUGUGGAUGAUAUAAUUGAAUCUGUGGAUGAUAUGUCUAACCCAUUAUAUGAACUUCUGUCCAAUGAUUUCAAAUCGAAAGAAGAAUUCACUGUGAAUGAUAUUGCAAUGAUGUUUAAGUCGCUGGCUGAAACGAUUCUCAAGCUUCAAUCCCAAAACACAAUGUUGAAAAACCAAAACUGUAUUCUGAAUGCCAAUUUGUCGAAUCUUACGGAAGAAGUUGAUGGCUUGGAGGAGAAUCUCAAAUUGUUAUCAUCUCAACCUAAAGAAUCACCAAAACCUCCUACUUCAUUAAUUAAAACUUUUGCUUCAGCUGUCGCCUCAACCAUCUAUCUCUGCUCCAGAAUCCCGAAAUAUUGCUUCAGUGAAUUUUUCAACAUUGACAAAGAUAUCCUUCCUGCUACAGGGAAUCUAACUUCUAUGUUCAGCUCAGAUGGCAUAUUCACGUCGGAGAAUAUCGAGAUAUUACUAUAUAAACUGAAAGGCCGAAAUAAUACUUCUCCGGAUAGUAUCCCGUCAAUAUUUCUGAAAAGAGCGUGUACUCCUCUUGCGAUUCCACUAUGCAUUAUAUUCACAGAAAGUUAUCGAGUUGGAAGAAUACCAAAAUCUUGGAAGGAGGCGAUUGUUAUGCCGCUUCAUAAGAAAGGCUCCCGCUCCGAUCCUUUAAAUUAUAGACCAAUCUCUUUAACAUCCAAUAUAUGCAAGAUUAUGGAGAAGUUGAUACGAAAACAUCUAGUCCAAUACGUAUCCGAAAAUAAUCUAUUAUCAGAAAAACAAUUCGGGUUCCUUAAUCAGAGAAGUACAAUUUCCCAACUGAUCGCCUACCAGAACAAGCUUGUUUUCAAUUCUUUAAAUGGGUUAGAUACCCAUAGCGUCUAUAUUGAUUUCCAGAGGGCCUUCGAUACAGUGCCGAUAAACAAAUUGAUUCAUAAGUUGGAAAGCUUUGGGAUAUCUCCCAAACUAAGAAAUUGGCUUCAUUCGUUUGUCACGGACAGAAAAUUUCAAGUCAAAAUCAAUGAUAUACUAUCGAAGGAGAGGCGCGUAUUGUCCGGAGUCCCGCAGGGCUCUGUUCUUGGGCCUACCCUCUUCUUGUUAUAUAUUAAUUGUAUUGGUGACAAAUUUCAAAGUGACUAUCUACUGUUUGCAGAUGAAUUGAAAAUUUAUGAUACGAAUGAUAGAUUGAUUGAUGCAGAUUUAAUUGAAUUGGAGAAUUGGUGCUCGAAGUGGAAAAUGAAAUCGGCUCCUAAAAAGUGCGAAUACAUCAAAUUCAAUGCAACAAGAAAAUAUGCCAACUCCAAUAUUAUGAAUCCCAAAUUAAAUCAAGCUUUGAUUCCCCCUGUGGAAAAUGUCCGUGAUCUUGGGAUCUACUUUUCCAGUAACCUGAGUUUCCAUUAUCAUUAUUCGUUGAUUAUUCGGAAAUCACAUCAGAGGAUCAACAUGUUCUUUUCCAUUCUAAAAAACGCAUCGUGGAGUGUUUUUAUAAAAUGCUAUACAAUUUACAUACGCCCUUUACUCGAAUAUGGAACGAUAGUCACUUCUCCAAUCCUAAAGGAUCAUAUUAUAAAAUUGGAAUCGGUGCAAAAGGCAUUUGUUUUCAGAAUUUUCAAAAAAUUCAGGAUGGCAUACACUUCAUACUUUGAAGCACUGGAAGAAUGUCAGCUAAGUUCCUUGGAGUAUCGCAGGCUCUAUAAUGAUUUGGUCUACACGUAUAAAAUUAUUGUUUCCAAAGAAAUUAUCAUGGAGGUUCCAAUUUUCGAAAUAUUUAAUCAUGCUGGAUCAUUGCGACGUCACAAAUACUAUCUCAAAUCACUUAUCAAAAACUCAACAAAAAUAUCUUCUCAAUUUCUCUCUAAUAGAGUAAUCAGAUGUUGGAACUCUUUACCCGCCAAAGUGUUUCCGGUGAAGCCCUCGUCAGCGGCUUUCAAAAAUCGACUAUUAUCCUGUGAUCUAAAUCAUUUUCUUGUCUUGAAUUCAACUAAUUACUCACUCGGUUUUUCCUUCAUCUCCCAAUUACUACAAAUGUAUGUCCUUGUUAUAUCUCCUAGUUUCAUAGACAUUUCACGUGUUAGUGGUUUUCUCCCCUUCGUUGAAAUAAAUAAAUAA